UCCUGUGACAGGGCACUCCCAGCAGCGCCGGUUGCUGUAGGAAGUAUGCAGUACAUGACGCUUUCCUGCUGCUGGAGUGAGGACUAUUUCCGUUCUCUCCAGCUCAGCAGCAGCAACAGCAGCAGCAGCCGCCUGAGAAAUCCACCUUUGCUUUCCCAAGACCUCCUUGCCAGGAAGGCGGAAGGAUGUUUACGGUGUGCCAGCCCGACGUCCCCCUGAACAGAUCCUUCCACGAGGGCAAACAGGACCCCACACUGGGCACGGCCUUCCUCGGGGAAGGGGAGCUCAGGCAGGACAGUAACUUCAACUUUGUGGGGGAAGUAUAUGACAGCAACGAGAACUGGAGCCAGACGGUGGCUGGGACCCGGAUGGAGGAGGACCCCAGCCAGAUAGAAAACAUGAGAAAUCCCUCAGAUAAUCUGGUGUUAUUAGUGCAGAGACAGACGGCGAAGGACAGGCUUAGGGAUGCUCCCCAAGGCUUGAAAUCAGAGAAACGGUGCCUCUCCGAGGAGGACGUGCGCAGCCCCCCGGAGGGGGCAGAGGUCAGCAAUGCGGAGCUGGAGAAAGCCGCUACUGAGGAUGUGGCCAAAGAAUGUGACAAGUCCGUCGUCUCCCCCUUGGAGGACAACGGUUAUGGCAGCAGCUCCCUCAGCAUUGACAGCCCUGAUAGUAGCACCGGCAACACAUGGGAGAUGCCCGCCUCUACCAGAGACCGAAGGGGCCUGCCAGACCCGCAGCUGCCCGACACCGACUCCGAGAACUCCUCUGACUCGGACACCAUCUUCCCCGUGCUGGCGGAGGCCUUCCAAAACAUCCAGGACAAGGAAAGGUUCAAGGAGCAGGAGAAGGAGAAGCACCACAUCCAGCUGGUGAUGUAUCGGCGCCUGGCUUUGCUGCGCUGGAUCCGUGGCCUCCAGCAGAAGGUCAUCGAUCAGCAGAACCGGCUGCAGGAGAGCUUCGACACCAUCCUGGACAACCGCAAAGAGCUCAUUAAGUACAUCCAGCAGGGCAUGGUGCACUCCAGGGAGCUGGCUCAUGCCAGCCUGGGAGAGACGCUCACUACUACCCCGUGACAGCUUGGUUGGUACCCUAGCUCCUCACCCAGACUCAGAGGGAACUUUGCUUGAGUGUGGACCCCAGGAUGGAGCCCGUGCAAUCUUCUCCGGCUCUGCAUGGGAGCCUUUCAAUGAAAUGCUUGUCUUCGGCUCCCCAGUCCUCUCCUGACUCUAGGGCUCCCCACUGCAUGAAGGCCCCAUACCCUGACAAAUGCCACGUAGUGUUUAGGAGUAGGCACAGAUUAACUAGAAGCAUGUCCCAGUCCAUUGUAGUGCAUGGCUCACUUUGUUAGUGCAAGUCAAAGGUCCAAAAUGUCCCGUAACUAGGGCUGAGAAAUGAAGGGGCAGGAGGAGAAGGAUUUUAUUCUCCCUCACUCCUACCAACACCUUCCUUGAUCACAACCCAACAGCCCUGCCCCAGCUGAGCAGCAGCCAAGGUUCUCCUAUUGCCUAAUGCAAAAUGGCCCAGCCCAUGAUUUAGGGGCACUGGAGAACUGGAAUAGGUAGGAGAUUAGCACCCAACUGGUUGGUGAAGGGAAGAGGAAUUGUGCUAUUUCAGGAGAAUUGGUCCUUCACAAGUGUACACCCAAAAGGGCUCUCAAUUGACAGACCUUUCUCUCCUUCUGUCUCACAGCCUGGUCUCUCGCUCUAUCCUCCACCAAGUGAGUCCCUCGAGGAGUCCCUCUGAAGGUCCACUCCUCCCCCUUAAGCAUCAGUCCUGAUGUGUUUCCAAAGUGACUGGUCAGGAACUGUUCAAAGAUCCAAGGACAUUAUGCUGCCACCAUCCAGUUCCUCAUGCAGAGCUGGGUCUCCUCAAUAGCUCCUCUUCCUCCCUGAACCUUAACUUUCAUGCUCACCCCAUUUUUCACCCAAGUCCAUCCCUAUUCCUCCAUUUUAGUCUGGUCAGAAUAGCUUAGGUAGCUGCGUGCUUUGGGGAGAAGCCAUUCCUUAGGGUCAUAGCUCCUCUACUACCUUUUGUCCAUGCCCAUGCUCACCUGCAUGCCUCUUCCAAAGAGCAUCCUCAAAAUGCCUGUGCUCCCAUCCCAGGCCUAUGGGGUCACCCGUUUAAUUAUAGUAUAAGCUCACAGAAUUCUCAUUAGCAUAUAGGUUUGCUGAGGUUUAUGAAUGUAAAACCUAUCUUUUAAACCCUACUUCUAAAUCCUUGUAUUAUUUCCAAAGGGGAAUUCUGGGCACUUGUUCACCACAGCUGGCAACAGUAGGAAGGUUUAAAACAAUCCCUAGAAAAGCAUUCUUCACUUAGAGUGUGACUAUGAGCUGGGAAGCAUACUAAAAAUCAUGGAUGGGAGAACCCCAUGGGCCACAGUUAGAAUACCACAGGGAACCCCUGGCCUCUUAAUUCAAUGCUUUCAGGUCUGCAUCUGAGAGUUUAGGACACUGCAAGACUGGACACUUA